UGUUGAGUUCAUAACAUAAAGAAAAAUAAUUUCAUUUAGAUUUGGACUCUCCACUUUGUGUAAAUAACUUACACCACUACUCUUUCUUUUGUUUUUUUCCCCCUUCUCUCUCUCUCUCUCUCUCUCUCUCUCUCUCUCCUCCUCUUUCUAGUAUCUACUUUCGCACCUCCGCAUAAAAGGCCACCAAGCUCCAACGCUCACAGUUACUUCUCGAUUUCUUCGCCUUCUUUCCACCGGAAAAUCGCCGGAAUCCGGCGAAAUACCGGCGAAGCAGCGAAUUCCGAAGCAAUUAAUCUUUUUCCGACGAACGGCUUUAUCGAAGGAAUUAGAUUUUCUCCUCCUUCUUUUUCAAGAUGGGGGAUCAAGCAAACCAAUCAGAGACUAAUAUUGAGGAAGAAGUGCGGAUAGUGGUGGAGCAAGCAAAGGACUUGCAAGACGCGGCAUCAUCAAUGAUCUCGAAAUCAUCGAGGGAUGAGAAAGAACUUCAACAACGUGCUUGUUCACUUGAUAAGUCUAUCGUACAUCUUCGUUCUUCCAUUGGUUCUCUCACAUGUGAUGGUCAAAUAGAUCCGAGGCUUGCUGAGAAGCUUGAGGACGAAUUAAAUAGAGCAAAAUGCAUCCUCGUCGAUGGAGAUGCUUCAUCUUUUCGUCCGGGAGAAGUUGAGAGUCGAUUUCUAAAGAAGUUUCUUGGUCCUAUUAAUGUGCGAGCUAUGAGAAAGGAUGUGCAGUUAAAAGUCAAAGAGGAGUACAAUAGUUACAAAGAUAUAACUGCCAAAUUGUUUCUUCUUUUUCCAACAUUACUACUCAUUCUUAGACACUGGAUGUGGGAUGGCUGCAUGCCUGCUUUUCCAGUUCAAUUGUAUCAGGCUUGGCUUUUAUUCCUAUAUACAGGUUUGGCUUUAAGAGAGAACAUCUUGAGAGUAAAUGGGAGUGAUAUUCGUUCAUGGUGGAUAUAUCAUCAUUACUGUGCAAUGGUGAUGGCCCUGGUGAGUCUUACUUGGGAAAUAAAAGGCCAACCUGAUUGUGCACAGAAGCAGAGAGGGGUAGAACUUUUCCUACAAUGGGCCAUGAUGCAAGGAGUCGCGAUGUUAUUGCAAAACCGAUAUCAACGGCAAAGGCUAUACACUCGCAUUGCACUUGGAAAGGCGAAUAGAAUGGAUGUUGUGUGGGGAGAAACAGCUGGAGAGCGUGGCCAGCUUUGGCUGCUAUGCCCUAUACUUUUCAUUUUGCAGGGUUUCGAGGCAUAUGUUGGAUUACUGUUGCUUCGAAUAGCAAUUUUCGGAGUUGUUUCUGAAUGGCAGGUUGUUUUUUGUGGAGCUCUUCUUGUCGUGAUGGCAAUUGGAAAUUUCGUAAACACAGUGCAAACCUUACUCGUCAAAUCGCGGUUUAAGGCAAAGAUGAAAAGGACUAAAAGUAAGCAGCAGUUAGAUUAGGGUCACAUUUUCAGUAGUUCUGGUUAUCUCUUGCUCAUCCUCUCCUCCCCCUUCCAUCUUUUGGUCUGUUGGCUUUGUGUUGUUUCAGUGGAACUGUAGAUUUGCUGAAGUUUCGUGUAUUUAAGAUUUGUACACUGUUUUAUUAUUUUUACCUUAAAAGGAAAAUAAAAGAAAAAAAGGAAAAAAAAGAGAGCAUUCUGUAUAAUUGUUAAUUUAGCACAAUAAGUUUUGACUAUGUUUUUCUUUAGGAGUGAGUUUGCCUGGAUUGGAUAUAUACGAGUCAAUAAUUAUAAGAUGGGGUUGUUUACCAGUA